UACCAUCGUCGCGAACUCCUCUCUGCUCUCUCCCUCCCACCCCUCGCCUCUCCUCCUCUCUCCCUCCCGCACCAGGAAGCCGUUCUGGGCUGAUAUCGGAGGCUUUUUCGCGUGUUACUGUAUUGUACUGUGAAUCUUGGGAGGGGGGCUCCUCUAAAGAUAGGCUAAUCCGCCUCUCAUUCACCCCGCCUUACCUACAUUUCAUUUUGAUAAAUGAAUGUAUACGAGGGUGGACUUUAAAAUCGUUGAUUAAUGUAUUUAUUCUGAACAUUUUUGUUUAUGAUUUGGUUUUUAACACUCCAAGAGGGCAGAAAUGGCGGCCAACAUGUACCGGGUCGGAGAUUAUGUCUUCUUUGAGAAUUCGUCGAGCAACCCGUACCUGAUCAGAAGAAUAGAGGAGCUCAAUAAGACGGCAAGUGGAAAUGUGGAGGCCAAGGUGGUGUGUUUCUACAGGAGGAGAGACAUCUCACACAGCCUGAUCCAGCUGGCAGACAAGCAUGCGAAGGACCUGGAGGAAGAGAGAGAUAGCCCAUCAGAACCUGAGCUGUCAGAGAAACAAAAGCACCAGCUCCGCCACAGAGAGCUUUUCCUGUCACGCCAGUAUGAAUCCCUCCCAGCCACACACAUACGGGGGAAGUGCAGUGUGGCGCUUCUUAAUGAGACGGAGUCGGUGUUGUCCUAUCUGGAUAAAGAGGAUACAUUCUUCUACUCGCUGGUGUACGAUCCCACGCAGAAAACGCUGCUGGCCGAUAAAGGGGAGAUUCGCGUAGGGCCACGCUUUCAAGCAGAUGUCCCUGAGAUGAUGCAAGAGGGUCUCAUUGAUGACCGAGAUCAGUCCAAGCUGGAGGAGCAGAUGUGGGACCCAGAGUGCCCGCUGACCAACAAGCAGAUCGACCAAUUCCUGGUGGUGGCUCGGGCGGUGGGCACGUUUGCGCGGGCUCUGGACUGCAGCAGCUCCGUCAGACAGCCCAGCUUACACAUGAGCGCAGCGGCCGCGUCGCGAGACAUCACACUGUUCCACGCCAUGGACACGCUGCACCGGCACAACUAUGACCUGUCGAGUGCCCUGAGCGUACUGGUGCCGCAGGGCGGGCCGGUGCUGUGCCGCGACGAGAUGGAGGAGUGGAGCUCCUCCGAGGCCAACCUGUUUGAGGAGGCCCUCGAGAAGUACGGCAAGGACUUCAACGACAUCCGGCAAGACUUUCUCCCGUGGAAGUCUCUUACCAGCAUCAUUGAGUAUUACUACAUGUGGAAGACCACAGACAGAUACGUUCAACAGAAACGUCUGAAAGCAGCAGAAGCCGAGAGCAAACUGAAGCAGGUUUACAUCCCAACAUAUAAUAAGCCCAACCCCAACCAGAUCUCGCUGAGUAACGGCAAAAUGGCCACCAUGAACGGGGCUGCAGCUCCUGGAACCUUCCCUUCCUCAGGGGCCGGCCGCGCAUGCGAGAGCUGCUUCGCCAUCCAGUCCCCACAGUGGUACUCAUGGGGUCCCCCCAACAUGCAGUGUCGUCUGUGCAUCGCCUGCUGGAUGUACUGGAAAAAGUACGGUGGCCUGAAGAUGCCAAGCAGAGCAGAAGGUGCUGAGGAGAGAACGCCUCCGAGCCCCACAGCCACCGUAAGAGCACACACAUCCACCGAACCUCGGUCCCGCAGUCACGGCAUGCGCCAGUCCUCCCACAUGGUGCCGGUGCGCAACAGCGGCAGCCCCAAGUCCUCCAUGAAGACCAAACAGGCCUUCCUGCUGCAAGCCACGCGCCUCACCAAGCUGGCGCGUCACAUGUGCCGUGACCUCAUCAGGCUGCGCCGCGCCGCGCGCCGCCCCUUUGUGCCCAUUAACUGUGGCGCCAUAAAGGCGGAGUAUAUGAUCAGAGCGUCGGAGGGGACAGGAGGAAGGCCGGUGCGAGUCAGACCCACACCCAGAAGCACCCUGACCAGCGUGCUGCAGUUCCUUGAGUCCCGCCCAGCCCCCCACGGAUUGAGGCCCCCGAGGACCCCCAGUCUGCAGGUGCAGCCUCCGCGUCGUCUGCUCUCCUCCCUGCCCAGUCACGGGUCACUCAGCAUGCUGGGGAAACGCAGCUACCAGCACCACAGCCGGCCAGAGGCGGAGAGGAGGGGAGCCACCGCAGCGCAAGAUAACCCAGGACACAUUGUAGGACCUGUUCUGCAUAAUGGGAAGAGCAGCGGGUCAAACAUGCGUGCUAGCAGCAUGAUGCUGCGUAAGCGCCGGCCCAACUGGAUCGACGCCCCUGACGACAGCUUCUUCCUCGUUUCCCGGGAGACCAGGAAAGCUCGGAGGCUGCUCACUCGCUCUCAACUCAGAAAAGCUUGUAGACAGCCAUGUGAGCAGAUCCACCUGCGCAGGGUCUCCCAGGGGCCUCCUCAGGGGCCGGUGGUGGCCCCCCCACACCCCAGCCUGAGGAUGCGCGGCCCCAUCGUCAUCCACGACUGAUCUCUAGUGCUGCUGGCCACCCUCUGCUCCGAUCCCCUUCCCAACUGCCCCGCCUGGCCCCUCUCAUCCUCCCCUGACCCUCACGCCUCGCCCCUCCCCCCCCACACCCACACUGCCCAAACACUGCUCCAGAUCACUCUUCUACACCCUCCUCCCAAAGAACUCCAAAUCUUUACUCAUGUGACCGCCUAUCCUCCAGUAUUUCAGUACAGGCAUCUGAUAGACUGCACAGAGUCUGUAUUAAUGCAUCCAGUAAAUCUUUCUUUAAAAGCUGACCUCAUUCAUUGCUGAUAUGAUAUCUACCUUCUAACUUCUGUCCCAGCCCUUGGCUGCCCCCGGUACGGCCAGCUGUGCUUCUGCUUCUGACAAGUGUGGAAAAGAGACGGCAGCUUUAAAGUUCUCAUGUAAAACAGGGUGGCACUUAGCAAGAUGACAUGGCUGUGCAAGAACAGUGUACAGAUCCCCUCCAGCAACAAAAAAAAGCUCACCACUCAAAACAAACUUCUCUGGAAAGAUUAAUGUGCUCUUUUUUAUAAAGUUAUUAACAAACCUUUGAAGGAUUCUCAUUCUUUUUCAUCUGUCUUCUGUGAGUGCAAACAUGGCUGUACCAAUGUAUGUGCUUUUUUAUUUUGGAAAAAAAAAAUCUUUUCAGCCAUGAAAAUGAUGUAUGUACAGCAUGUUGAGUAUAGUGAACAGACAUUCAUUUGGCCUUCCUCCAGUACAAGACUGCAUCAGAGUUUGAUCAUAUUCUACAGCAGAGGAAUGGCUAGCAGACUGCUAAUGCCAGCUCUUUUACAUCCUCAAUCACUGGCUGCUUGAAGCCUCUUUUGAUUACCUUAUUAGGUAAAGUGACUGUAAGAGGACACCUGAUAUGAUGUCUAAACAACUGCGGAAGAAAAAGCCUAGUUAUUUCUCCCAUGCUAUCUCUUACAGGUUCUAUACUAUCUCUUCUUCAAAAAUGUAAAAUAAAAAAAAUGGGACUUCUGGUGACCAUGCACUUGUCCAGAGAGCGAUCACCCAUAGGACCCGCAUCUGCAUGUGGCCGUUGUAAUAAUGAACUUUCAUUUCUAAUUUGUCAUGUUUUUGUUGGUUUCCCUUGUAUGUC